AAGGCGCACAAAAUGUCCAACUUGCUGUAUUGGCGGUUAUCUCGACCCCUCUACACCUACUUAUCCGUUAGAUUUGUUUGUUAUCGUCCAUUGGCUCCAAUGAUCCGAUACUUUCAUGAAGAUAAGACCGAGGAGUUCAAAAAACGCCUGCGACAACGAAUGAAAAAGAAUGCUGAACUAAAAGACGAUGCUGCUAAGGCCAGGCAAAAAGCAGCCACCCCUGCCACCAUAGCAGAGUCCGCCAGCUUAUCGAAAUUGAACGAAACUAAGCCAUCGACCAGUAUUAAUAUAAAUGAGAACAGUCCAAAUCUAUAUGGCGUUGAGUGCCCUAUUCAACCGAAUGCCGACCCUGACUGUUCAGCAGUUUCCAGCUCUUCGAUUUCAAAUCCAUCUCAAGAUAAGGAUAUCGAGUCAAGUGUGGAGACGUUUGAAAUCAGGGCGAAAGCAUUUGUUGAAUCAGCUAAACAUAAGGAAAAGGAAUCUGAACGCCCAGCAGAUGAACAGGCUUCAAAAAAUAGUCCAAUAAAGAAGCCAAAGUUUUCUCCAAGUACUUCAACACCAAUUGAUUUGAAAAGUGCCGACUCACCCAAAAAGGAUUCGCAUGAUCCAAUGAAGGAAAAAAGUAAAAGUUUUCCGCUAUUUAGACCUGAAACAGAGAACGAAUCAUCUGAUUUGAAAAUAUCAGCAAAAGCUGAGAAAACAUUGGAGUCUCAAAAAGAUUUCAAGAGCUAUGGAUUAAACGAAUCAAUUAAAAUUGAACCUUUCAACUCAAGUCAAAGUGUUUCGCAUGAUUCAGUGGAGCAAAAGGGUGAAAGCUCUAACCUAUCUAACCUAUCUAGAACUCAAGUAAAUAAAGAAACAGACAUAACAUCAACAAAAGCUGAGAAAACUUUAGAAUCUUUAAAGGACUUUAGGAGCGAAGGCGGAAAAGAUUCAUUUAAAAUGAAAUCUCAAGUCCCAUGGGAGGGAAUGUUCGAUCACCAUACUGAUCGCUAUAUUUCUAAGACCAAGCUGCGAAAAGAAAGCAAUGAAAAAACUGUAAGUUCCAAAGGUGAGAGGUCCAAGCAUAUGUCUAUGGAUGGGCCAAAGGGGCAAAGCAAGAUUGAAGAAAAUAGAAUUGAACAAUUAUCUCAAGCAGAAGCGGAAGCGGAAGCGAGAGCCGAAGUUAAAGCUAAAUUGAUAACCCAAACGAAAGCUGAAGCGAAAGUGGAAGCGAAAGCCGAAGCGGAAGUCGAAGCGGAAGCCGAAACGGACGAAGAGAUGAAAGUAGAACCGAAAGCAGAAGCGAAAGCGAAAGCCGAAGCGGAAGCGGAAGCGAAACUGAAAGCUAAGGAGGAAGCAAAGGCUAAAGCGGAAGCGAAAGCUAUAGCGGAUGCCGAAGCAAGAGCUAAAGCGAAAGCUAUAGCGGAUGCAGAAGCAAGAGCUAAAGCGAAAGCUAAAGCGGAAGCGAGAGCUAUAGCGAAUGCAGAAGCAAUAGCUAAAGCGAAAGCUAAAGCGGAAGCGAGAGCUAUAGCGGAUGCAGAAGCAAGAGCUAAAGCGGAAGCGAAAGCUAAGGCGGAAGAGAAAGCUAAAGCGGAAGCUAAAAUCAAAGCGGAAGCUAAAGCUAAGGCGGAAGCGAAAGCUAGAGCAGAAGCGAAGGCUAGAGCGGAAGCAGAAGCUAAAGCGAAAGCGGAAGCUAAAGCUAAAGCGGACGCGAAAGCGAAACUGGAAGCAGAAUUGGUUGCCGCAGCAAAAGCAGAAGCUGAAGCAAGAGCAGAUGAAAAAGCUAAAGCGGAAGCGAUUGAGAAACUGAAAGCAGAAUCGGCGGCCGCAGCAAAAGCAGUUGCCGAAGCAAAAGCGGCUGUCAAAGCAAAAUUCAAAUUAGAAGCAAAAGCAGAUCGUGCUCAAAAAGAAAUUGAGUCUCAAGCUAAAGUGAGGGUUUUGAAUGAAACAAAAGGCAUACAAGGACAGAGCAAAAGCAAGUCUGAAGAAACUCAACAAGAAACAGGAAAUGCUUUGAGUUCUAAUAGCAAAAUUUUCAAUUUAAGGAAUACCACAAUCCAAAAAGAAACUAAACAAACACAACAAACAUCAACGAACACAAGUUUGGAUACCCAAGGCAAAACUGAAUCGACACAAUCUCAAACAAUUUUGGAUGCUGAAGGCAAUAAAAUAUUAGUAAAAGGCGCAGUAAACGAGCUGUUUAGAGGUGAGGCUGACUCCUCAAAGAAUGUGCAGAAGCGAUCCACUUUUAAGGCAAGCAAAUGGAAUGCCAAACGCCUUUUUAUAGAAAAAAAAUCGAAGAAUGAGAUGAAAUCUCCUAAGGUGGAGAAAAGCUUUAAACCUAUUUUCAAGCCUACUCAAAACAGGCUAGCGACGAAAUCAAUCAUAUUAAUCAAAUCUGUACUGGAUAAUUCCCAGAGUUCUAUUAAAAGUAAGGAAGGGUUAUCCAAAGCAAAAGUCUCUCAGGGCACAGCAAGUAACGAUGGCGUAUCGACCAAAUCUGAGAAUGAAACUAAAUCUACUAAAGCUGAAAAGCCCCUCCUUAGGAGAAAGCCUUCUCCAGGCCAACUGGGGACAAAAUCAAGUACAUCAAUCAGAUCUGUAGGGAAUACAAAGGAUAAUGCACAGAGUUCACUUAAAGAUAAGCAAGUAUCAAUCUACGAUGGCGUAUCAACAAAAUCUGAGAAUGAAACUAAAACUAUUAAAGCUGAACAAAAUCUUAAGAAAGAGCUUAGUCAAGGUCCAUUGAGCACGGUGCACAAGAGCAGCAUAAAAGCUAAAGAAGGGUUAACAAAAAAAGGAUCUCCUCAGAGUGCGUCAAGCAAAAAGAGCGCAACAACUAAAUCUGGUACCAGUGCUAACAUUGAGAAGUGGCUAUCAAGAGCUAAGCAACUAAAGGAUACCCAGGCAAGACGCUUUUGGAAGAAAAACAGUCCAGUAGAUUUAUUUCGAGAAGCCUUCAAGCCAAAAGAUCCGUCUAUUCAACCUAACAAAGAAACGAAGACCGACAGCCCAAACAGUCACAAGAACCCUACAUCAUCUUCAUCGACAGCUAUCAAGGAUUCGUUUGAGUCGGUCGACCCCGACUCGUCUAAUUUAGAUAAUAAAAUCUCGGAUGAUACAAUCAAGGCUAAGCAAAUUGAUUUAGUUGCAUCAGGCAGUUCAGUUGUAAAUAGUGGACAAACUCAAUCAAAACACGUUUUUAGUCCAGAUAGUAUCAACGUAGAUUUUAACGAAGAUGGACUAAGCUUAAAUAAGGCCGCUUCAUGUCAUCCAAAACCAGAAGCCAUAUAUUACGGAUUGAAAUCCCCUGAGGACAACAAAUCUUCUGAAAAAAUUGACAAUAAGAAAAACAACAACAAUACCGUCGAAUCGCUUCUUCUAAGCAACGCCAAGAGCCCAUAUAAGCCAAAGCCAAAGACAUAUAAACCUCGUCCGAUCACAAUUGGUGACAUUAUCGCAAAACUUAGGCAAAGAACUAAAAGCGAAAAUAUUAAGGCAAAGAACAUUCAAAGUCUAACUGAAAGUGGAAAGUUUAGAGAAGAGUCGAAGCCUGGUAAAGGGAACCCUACCAAGUCAUCUCUAACUGGGACGCCAACCGACGAAUUCUCUAAAAAUCCAGUAAGUGAUAAUACAUGCGAUCAAUUAUUCCCCAAUUCGAUAACAAGUAAUACAAUUGCUAGUAAAAGAGCAAAUGAAACCCCUUUUGAAUCUAGUGAUAUUGAUCAGAGCUAUUUGUGGCCACCGUCGCAAUCGGUGGGAAAUUCGGAUAUAGGAAACACUAUAACAUCUUACCCAAAAACGCAGUGCGUUGCUUCUGACGAGAUCCAGAUUCAUAGCAGUUCAACGAAUGCAGAUGUAACUAGUUUAGGAAAAUUUGUAAAUGUUGACCAAAAUGAUAUUUUAGACACAAGUAAAAUUGUAAAUAAGGAACCGACAAAGAUAACCAAUAUGUCAACGGAUGACUUCUCGCCAGAUAAGCUAUAUAAUUCCAAAACAGAAGGUGAAUAUCGCACCGCAGAUAUGUUAAGCGUUCAAGUGGAAGAGGAACCAUUAAAUUUAAUGCCCGUCGACAAAACAAAGCUCGGUCCCAAAAUAAAAUUAGUGAAAAAGCUAGUAGAUGACAAAAAAGUACAAAAUGAGUCCGUACAACCGAAACCAAAGCCAAAUCCAAAAGAUAAAGAACAUGUUGCAGGUAUGUUAAAUAAUCGAGGAGAGAAGGGAUUGGAAUUGGAAAAGUCCAGAUCAGACAAGGAAACAGAAAGUCAAGUAGAGGAGAAAAUGGAAUUGUUUGAGCAUGUGAAAGAUGAGAAAAAACAGAUAGAGCUGUCUAGUCAACCAAAACGUAAACUGACGCUCACAGAAUAUCUAUUUCAGUUUCUUAAAGGUCAACGGAAUAGCAAAAACGAGCCUGGUCGUAGGAAUAUCACAACUUCGGCUGCUCAAUGCCAGGACACAGAUGCGGAUAAUUAUCGUUUAAGUAAGCGUAUAAUGAAGAAAUAUAAUGUUAAGCCCAAAAAAUCAAUUAAAACAGAGACUUUCAUUUCGCCGGAUGUGAAGAAGCAUGGCAUGGACUCCAGCAUAACCCGUAGGCAACGCAAAAGUACGGAAGCUAAUCCAACAAAGUUUCCUCGUGAUAAUCGGCCUAACAUCGAAAAGCCGACGAUACCAAAGGCCACCAGUAUUACUUCCGAUACUGAUUGGAAUGUGGCCCCAAACCCGAGCCCCGAUGAAGUCUUAAUGGGUUCUAAAAAGUCAGAAUUAAAUAAAAACUUAAAUGAUCGCAGUGUUGAUGCGACAAACAUGCCUGAUGGCUCUCCGCUCAAAUUCGAAGAUAAAAGUCCAAUUCAUAAAGAAGAUACAAAGAAGGAAACUAACAAUAUUGAAAUUAAAGGUGGAUCCAGAUACUGCUUAAUGAAAUUGAAAGCCGUUAAGGGCAUUGGAAUAGACAACGAAAGUGGCAAGCGAAGAUUCAGUGCCUUGGGUCGACAGCUGAGCCAGAACAUAGUUUUUGCUUUUUUCAGAACCGACAAAAAUGCUAAGGACCGCUCUUAAAUAAUACCUUGCAACAAUCAAUGAAAAAAGUCAUUAAAUAUACAAACGAAACACAAAGACGAAGUCAAGCCUCUAAGCAAUAUAUACUAUUUGAAUAUUUCACGUUUUAUUGGCUUUUUUUCAAUAAAAUUAAAAAGAAUAAAUAAUUUAAUGAAGAAUAAA